CAGGAAACACGCUCUAUAAAUCUUCCAACUUGUCAGUAGAUAAGUAAGAUUUUGAGGAUUUUUUUCAAUCACUUGAGUGACGUGAAGAAACCUGAGCAUAAUGGCAACCUGGACGCCAGUCAUUUUCGACUUGAGAGACGAACCCGUGGUUUUGAAGAAGAAAAAGGGCGGAGCUUGGAAACCAGACGCCAAUUCAAGAUACAGCAUUGUCAAGCACGGCUAUAAGUUAGAUAAAACCAUAGGCAAUGGACUUUUCUCAAAAAUCAAGCUUGCUUACUGCGAGAAAACCAAUAAGAAAGUCGCCAUCAAAAUAAUAUACAAGAACAAGCUGAGGCCAGAAGUGCAAGAUGAAUAUUUGGAUGCUGAGGUGGCGAUCAUGCAAAAUUUGGAGCACCCGGGUAUGAUUGAACUGUACGAGGCAGCUGAGAGCGUUAACAACCUAUACCUGGUGAUGGAGCUCGCGGAGAAUGGCGAUUUACUGGAUUAUAUAUUGAAACACGGCUACCUGAGUGAGGAAGAGGCGAGAAGAAUAUUUCGGCAAAUUCUUGAUGUCGUAAAAUAUUGCCAUGACAACUACAUAUGCCACCGGGACAUCAAAUGUGAAAAUGUACUCUUGGACGAAGAACUCAACGUGAAACUUACAGAUUUUGGCUUCUCCUGUCCCACCAGUGAAGGAGAUUUGUUGACCCAACGCUGUGGUUCCUACGCUUAUGCCGCCCCUGAGAUCCUGGACGGGGACCCGUAUGAAGGCUUCAAGACAGACAUCUGGAGCAUGGAUGGCUAA